AUGACUCGGACUACUAGUAGAAUCAUCAUCGUCGGUACCGGAUUCAGCGGCGUCUGGAGUGCCUUUUCAGCUAAGCGCCUUAUCAAUCUUUCGCAGAAAAAGAAAGAUAUCGAGGUACUCGUCAUCUCACCCGAGCCAACCCUGGUCAUACGUCCGCGACUCUACGAAGCGAAUGCGGCCAGCUUCACCCACCCCCUCGGAGCUCUGUUUGAGGAUGCAGGCAUCAAAUUCUUCCAAGGCAUUGUGAAAACAAUCGAUUCCGAUACACACACAGUUUCUGUUCAAUCUGCAUCCGCUGGCAGCUCUAUCGUGCGGCCUCAGAAGAUUACCGGAAUUGAGAAACACGCGUUCGAUAUCGACUCAAUGAAUUCAGCCAUCAAGCUUGAGACUCAUAUUGAGCAUUUGGCUUCCCUUCCUUCAAGCCCUGCCCGCGAUACUAUCGUCGUAUGCGGUGGCGGGUUUACAGGCCUUGAGAUCGUGACAGAACUUCCCAAACGCCUGACGCGUAUUCCAAAUCACCGAAUCGUUUUGAUCGAUAAUUCUAAGGAAGUUGGUCACGCACUUGGACCUGGGCCUCGUCCUGUUAUAGCGCAAGCCUUAAACGAUCUCGGGAUUGAAUUGAAGCUCGGAUCAUCCGUCUCCGCAAUCGAUGCUGACGGUGUGACUCUUGCAUCUGGCGAGCGAAUUGAAAGCAAGACCGCCAUUUGGACCGCUGGUGUGAGGGCAACACCUCUAACGCAGCAAAUUUCCGGAACCAAGGAUGGACUUGGUCGUCUUCACGUCGACCAGCACCUUCGCGUUCCAUCAUCUCGGGAUGUAUUUGCCACCGGUGAUGCAGCUUAUGCUCGUUCGGAUACAGAAGGCCACUAUACUAUGAUGUCUUGUCAGCAUGCAAUUCCGCUUGGUCGUGUGUCGGGGUAUAACGCCGCAGCUGAUCUUCUUGACGAACCCUUGAUAGCUUAUACUCAGCCUGCAUACGUUUGCUGUCUGGAUCUCGGUGCUUAUGGUGCAGUUGUCUCUGAAGGGUGGGAGAGAGAUGUAAAGAUUACGGGGGAUAUGGCAAAGCGGGUGAAGGGAUAUAUCAAUCGGGAUGUGAUUUAUCCUCCAAAGUAUUCGCAGAAGGCGCUGGAUGAAGCCAUGCCGGUUGAGUUGAAUGGAACUCAGUUGAUUGAGCACAUCCUUAGUGCGGUGGCAUAA